AUGAGUGAUAUUCCAAUUGAAUUCACAGAGUUGACUGAUUUGACCUCUCUAGGUAUAAAUCAACAAUCUUUAGAAUUUAGAUCAACAACUUUAGAAAGUGAUCAUUAUGUCGUCGUUAGAGAACAAGUCAACGGUGCAAACACCGUUGCCAUUGUUGAUUUGCAAAAUAACAAUCAAAUCACUAGAAAAAAUAUGACUGCUGAUAACGCCAUUUUGCACCCUUCACAAUUUAUUAUUUCAUUAAGAGCUAAUGGUACAACUUUACAAAUCUUCAAUUUACAAACCAAAGAAAAACUAAAAUCUUGCAGUACUGAUGAACCUGUCAUCUUCUGGAAAUGGUUAAAUGAUGAACAAUUGGGUUUGGUUACUGCCAGCUCGAUCUAUACUUGGAACGUUUUCGAUGGUCAACCUUCAGUUGGUCCAGUCAAAUUAACUUCAAGACAUGUCAAUUUGAAUAACGCUCAAAUCAUUAACUUUGUUUCAAAUCCAAACUUUGAUUGGUUUGCUGUUGUUGGUAUUACUCAAGAAAACGGACGUAUCGCUGGUAAAAUUCAAUUAUUUUCAAAACAAAGAAAUGUUUCACAAGCUAUAGAAGGUCAUGUUGCCAGUUUCAGUCAAUUGACUUUAGAAAAUGCCUCUGCACCAACUCAAGUCUUUGUUUGUGGUAAUAGAACUGCUAAUGGUGGUCAAUUACAUAUCAUUGAAAUUGAUCAUGAUAGUAAUAAUCCUCCAUUCCAAAAAAAAUCUGUUGAUAUCUUUUUCCCACCAGAUGCUCAAAAUGAUUUCCCAAUUAGUUUACAAGUCUCCAAGAAAUAUGGUGUCAUUUAUUUGUUAACAAAAUACGGGUUUAUUCAUUUAUAUGAUUUAGAAAGUGGUCAAAACUUAUUUGUUAACAGAAUUACAGCACACUUAGUUUUCAUUGCUUCAAGUUAUCAUGAUAACAAUGGUAUCUUAGCCAUCAACAAACAAGGUCAAGUCUUAGCUGUUGAAAUUGCACAAGAUAAAUUGAUUCCAUACAUUUUGAACAAAUUAGCUAAUGUUCCAUUAGCUUUAUCAUUAGCUUCAAGAGGUGGUUUACCAGGUGCUGAAAACUUAUUCUUACAACAAUUUGAUCAAUUAUUAAAUCAAGGUGAUUAUUCAAAUGCUGCUAAAGUUGCUGCUUCUUCUGCUCAAUUAAGAACUCCUCAAACCAUUAAUAAAUUGAAGAACGUUCAAGCUCCUCCAGGUAGUAUUUCUCCAAUUUUACAAUAUUUUUCAACUUUAUUAGAUAAAGGCCAACUAAAUGAAUUUGAAACUAUUGAAUUAGCAAGACCAGUUUUACAACAAGAUCGUAAACAAUUGUUUGAAAAAUGGUUAAAAGAGGAUAAAUUAACUUCAUCUGAAGAAUUAGGUGAUAUUGUUAAACCAUUUGAUCUAACGUUAGCUUUGGCUAUUUACUUGAGAGCUAAAACUCAUCCAAAAGUUAUUGCUGCGUUAGCUGAAUCUGGUCAAUUUGAUAAAAUCUUACCAUAUAGUGAAAAAGUUGGUUAUCAACCAAAUUUCAUUGUUUUAAUUUCAAACUUGUUAAGAUCUAAUCCUGAUAAAGCUUCAGAAUUUGCCAUUAGUUUAUUAAAUUCUCCUUCAACUAGUGAACAAAUUGAAGUUGAAAAAAUUGCUGAUAUUUUCUUUAGUCAAAAUUUCAUUCAACAAGGUACUUCUUUCUUAUUAGAUGCUUUAAAAGAUGAUUCUCCAAACCAAGGACAUUUACAAACAAGAUUAUUGGAAAUCAAUUUGUUACAUGCUCCACAAGUUGCUGACGCCAUUUUAGGUAAUGAUAUGUUCCAUCAUUAUGAUAGACCAACUAUUGCUCAAUUGGCUGAAAAAGCUGGUUUAUAUCAAAGAGCUUUAGAAAACUAUUCUGAUAUUAAAGAUAUUAAGAGAGUCGUUGUUAAUACUGGUUCUAUCCCAGCCGAUUGGUUAAUUUCUUAUUUCGGUAAAUUGAAUGUUGAUCAAUCAACUGUUGUUUUAAGAGAAUUAUUAGAUAAAAACAUUGCUCAAAACUUACAAAUUGUUAUUCAAGUUGCAACUAAAUUUUCUGAUUUGAUUGGUUCAGCUACUUUGAUCAAAUUAUUUGAAGAAUUCCGCUCUUAUGAAGGUUUAUACUAUUAUUUGGCUUCUAUUGUCAAUUUAACUGAUGAUAAAGAUGUUGUUUUCAAAUAUAUUCAAGCUGCUGCUAAAUUAGGCCAAGUUAAAGAAAUUGAACGUAUUGUCAAAGAUAACAAUGUUUAUGAUUCUGAAAAAGUUAAAAACUAUUUGAAAGAUGCUAACUUACAAGAUCAAUUACCAUUGAUUAUUGUCUGUGACCGUUUCAACUAUGUUCAUGAUUUGAUUUUAUACUUGUACAAACAUCAAUUCUUCAAAUUCAUUGAAGUUUAUGUUCAACAAGUUAACCCAUCAAAAACUCCACAAGUUGUUGCUGCUCUUUUAGAUGUUGACUGUGAUGAAAAAGUCAUUCAAAACUUGAUUCAAAGUGUCUUGGGUCAAGUUCCAGUCGGUGAAUUGACUGCUGAAGUUGAAAAGAGAAACCGUUUGAAAUUAUUAUUACCAUUCUUAGAAGCUACUUUGAAUUCAGGCUCUCAAGAUCAAGCUGUUUACAACACUUUAGCUAAAAUUUACAUUGAUUCAAACAAUGCUCCAGAAAAAUUCUUGAAAGAAAAUGAUUCCUAUGAUACAUUAGAAGUUGGUCGUUACUGUGAAAAAAGAGAUCCUUACUUAGCUUAUAUCGCUUAUGAAAGAGGUUCAAAUGAUGAAGAAUUGAUCAGAAUCACCAAUGAAAACUCAAUGUACAAAUACCAAGCUAGAUAUUUAUUGAAGAGAUCUGAUUUAGGUUUAUGGAAUUCUGUAUUGGGUGAAGAUAACAUCCACAGAAGACAAUUGAUUGAUCAAGUUGUUGGUACUGCUGUUCCAGAAUUAAAUGACCCAGAACCAGUUUCAUUAACUGUUAAAGCAUUUAUGGAUAAUGGUUUAACAUUAGAAUUGAUUGAAUUAUUAGAAAAAAUCAUCUUGGAACCAUCUCCAUUCAAUGAUAACCCAUCAUUACAAGGUUUAUUAUUAUUGACUGCUAUUAAAGUUGAACCAACUAAAGUUAGCUCUUACAUUGAAAAAUUAGAUCAAUUUGAUCCUGUUGAAAUUGGUUCAUUAGCUACUGAAGCUGGUUUACAUGAAGAAGCUUUUGAAAUUUACGAUAAGAACAAAUUAUAUCCACAAGCUUUGAAAGUUUUGGCUGAAGAUGUUUUAUCAUUAGAUAGAGGUGAAGCCUAUGCUGAAAAGAUUGAUAAUCCUGAAUUAUGGAGUCAAUUAGGUACUUCUCAAUUAGAUGGUUUACGUAUUCCAGAAGCUAUUGAAUCUUAUAUUAAAGCUGGUGACGCUUCAAACUAUGAAUCUGUUAUUGAUAUUGCUGAUUCAGCUGGUAAAUUUGAAGAAUUAAUUAAAUUCUUAUUAAUGGCUAGAGAACAUUACAAAGAACCAAAAAUUGAUGGUGAAAUUAUUGUCGCUUAUGCUGAAUUAGAAAAAUUAAAUGAAAUUGAAAAAUUCUUGAAUGGUUCAAACGUUGCUGACUUGAAUGAAGUUGGUGAUAAAUUAUAUGAACGUAAAGAUUACAAAGCUGCUAAAUUAUUAUAUUCCUCAGUUUCAAACUAUUCUAAAUUGGCAAGUACUUUAGUCUUUUUGGAUGAUUAUCAAGCUGCUGUUGAAUGUGCAAGAAAAGCUAGUAACACUAAAGUCUGGAAACAAGUUAACGAUGCUUGUCUUGAACAUAAAGAAUUCCGUUUGGCUCAAAUCUGUGGUUUGAACUUGAUUGUUCAUGCUGAAGAAUUGAGUGAAUUAGUUGAAAAAUAUGAAAGUGAAGGUUAUUUCGAUCAAUUAAUUUCAUUAUUUGAAGCUGGUUUAGGUUUAGAAAGAGCUCAUAUGGGUAUGUUCACUGAAUUAGCUAUCUUAUAUACCAAAUAUAACCAAGCUAAAACUUUGGAACAUUUGAAAUUAUUCUGGUCAAGAAUUAAUAUUCCUAAAGUUAUCAGAGCUACUGAAACAGCUCACUUAUGGCCUGAAUUAAUUUUCUUAUAUGCUCAUUAUGAUGAAUGGGAUAAUGCUGCUUUAACUAUGAUUGAAAAAGCUGCUUCAAGUUUCGAUCAUUCUUCAUUCAAAGAAAUCAUUGUUAAAGUUGCCAACUUGGAAAUUUACUACAAAGCUAUCAACUUCUAUGUUAAUGAACACCCAUCAUUGAUAACUGAUUUGUUAACUGUCUUAACUCCAAGAAUCGAUAUUCCAAGAGUUGUUAGAUUAUUCCAAAAAUCUGAUAACUUGCCAUUAAUCAAACCAUUCUUGGUCAGUGUUUUAGAUAAGAACAACUCUGUUGUUAAUGCUGCUUAUCAUGAUCUAUUGAUUGAAGAAGAAGAUUACAAGACUCUUGGUACUGUUGUUGAUACACAUGAUAAAUUUGAUUCAAUUGAUCUUGCUGCUAGAUUAGAAAAACAUGAUUUGAUUUUCUUUAGACAAAUUGCUGCUCGUUUAUACCGUAAAAAUAAGAAAUGGAACAAGGCUUUAUCUAUCUUGAAAACAGAUCAAUUAUGGAACACUGCUAUUGAAACUGCUACCAUCUCACAAUCAACUGAUGUUGCUGAAGAUUUAUUGACUUAUUUCGUUGAAACGGGUAACAAUGAAGCUUUCAUUGCUUUAUUAUACAGUUCAUAUGAUUUAAUCCGUUAUGACAAGGUUAUUGAAUUAGCUUGGUUACAUGAUUUGAAUGAAUACAUUAAACCAUAUCAUAUUGCUGUUGAAAGAGAUAGAUCUAACCAUAUCACUAAAUUAAUCAAUGAUUUAAAAGUCAGAGAAGAAUCCAAAAACGAAGAUGAAGAACCAGUUUUAGGAAACCAAAGAUUAAUGAUCACUAAUGGUUCUCCAGCUCAAUCUUUUAACACGGGUUUAGGUUAUCAAGCUACAGGUCAAGGCUUUGGUAAUGCUUUUUGA